AUGCUUUUGAAAAUCUUGCCAAAGUUUCAGGGGAGGGAAGCAAAGAUAUCAAAUUAUCACUAUGCUUUUAUCUUUCGAGGCACUAGGGAAGUGGCUUCAUUGCCAAACAGAUCAUCUUUCCUUUCAGAACCCUCCCACCCUGCUGCUGCCUAAUCCUCUUCUAAAAGGAAAAAUACCGUAAUAAUACAGGUACCCUGAAAACUGUGUGUAGAUCUGUGGCAUUAAAGAAAAUGUUUGCUGCUAGAACUGUGACACAUGAUCAGCUGAUAACUAAAUGUUGUGACAGCACAAGUUUUGUAUCGAAAUUUUCUUACCUUUAGAUUCAGAUGGAUGAAAGAUGCAGGAUGUAUGUUUUGGAAAGCUGAGGAGUGGGAGGGAACUCUCUCUGAGUGUUUCAUGGAUUAGAGAAGGGAGAGCUCUUCAGGUAUACUUCCUUUCUAUGGGAUGCCUAUAGUCCUCAAUGCUGCGUGUGUCGCUACACACUUAUUGCUGAGCAGAAGACAUGGCCCUAGUCUGGGAACCUGCUUGAGCUGCCUGUGAACCAUGUACCAUGCAAGAACCACUGCUUGCUCAUCAUUGUCACUUUUAUACCCAGCAUGAUUUCAAAACUGGAGGCAAAAACUGUAUGAAGGGGAACUGAUGGGAAACACCUUCUUUAAUUACUUAUGCUGAUACUGCAAAUAAGCUCUUUGGGCAAGGGUUUAUUGCAGCUAAUAUUUAUGCAGGGUUUUGUAAAAGGUGUUUACUUUGGUGUGCUGCUCAUCAUUGAAGAGAAGAAAACAUAAGCAUCUGCUGCUCAAGGUUUUGGAAAACACAUAAUAAUUUUCUGCCCAGUAACAUGCUUUGGAAAAUUCCCUGAAGUAAGCUUACAUGUGUUUGGGAGAUGGAGGGUGUUCAGACUGAUAAGGCAUAUUCAACAACUAUUUUCUGCACACCAUGCUAUUUUAGAAAUGUAGCAACUGAGUUUUCUGAAAGUCAUGCUUCACUUCAGGAAAAUAUUAGACUGUGUUUGUCUUGUGUCUGUGUCAGCUUGAGAGUUUAAAUCAAACUGAGAAUCUUGAAGAAGCAGGUCUUUAAGGACUUGAAGGGAUGGACUUUAGAGUGAGUGUAUCUGCUUUGUAAAAAAAUCGACAUUUGUGUCUUUAUGUUGUGCUGUGGUUUUGUGUGUUCACUGUGAUGAUGGGAAUUAAUUCCAAGCCAGGCUGACGACCAACUGACCUGAUUCAACUUUUGUCAAGGUUUCUGAAGCGUUGCACAAGGGGUUUGAAGGAAAAAGUUUGGGGGCAUGUGACAGUUAAUCUCUUUAGCAGUAAGAAUGAAGUUUAAGCAUACUGUUGGAAAUGUGCUCAGGUCUGUGCUGCUCUUUGUUUUAAUUAACAAUCUCCUGCAUAGAUUGGGAGUGUAAACUUACUUGCACUUUAGUCCAAUUAAAUCAUGCUUGGAGGCUGUCAGUGGUGGUGGGAGCUCCCUCCUACCCCCCUUUUUUUAAUAGUUCAGUGAGUCUGUUGAAUAGCGAAAGGAUUUCCCUGCCAGGGUUUUGUAGUGUUUCGUCGUCUUGAUGAAUUAUUGCGGAGUAUAGGCAACAGUCUCUUUUGUUCAAAAUGCAUUGGAAUGAUUCAUCCAAUUCCUCAGAAAGUGACAAUGAAGCUCAUUCAGCCUUCACACAGACUGAGCACAACGUAGUUGCAGCUUACUUAAUCACAGCAGGAGUGAUAAGCAUUUUCAGUAACAUUGUUGUGUUAGGCAUCUUUGUUAAAUACAAAGAGCUUCGGACAGCUACCAAUGCCAUUAUUAUCAACUUGGCUUUUACCGACAUUGGUGUUAGUGGCAUUGGUUACCCCAUGUCUGCUGCCUCAGACCUGCACGGAAGCUGGAAAUUUGGAUAUACCGGAUGCCAGAUCUAUGCUGCCUUAAAUAUCUUUUUUGGGAUGGCGAGUAUUGGUUUGCUCACUGUAGUGGCAGUCGACCGUUACCUGACAAUCUGCAGGCCUGAUAUAGGAAGAAGAAUGACUACCCGUAGCUAUGCCACUCUCAUCCUUGCUGCUUGGAUAAAUGCAGUCUUCUGGGCUUCCAUGCCUACUGUGGGCUGGGCUAGCUACGCUCCGGAUCCGACUGGAGCAACAUGCACAGUAAAUUGGAGGAAAAAUGAUGCGUCCUUUGUUUCCUACACAAUGAGUGUAAUUGCUGUUAAUUUUGUUGUACCCUUAACAGUCAUGUUUUACUGUUAUUACAAUGUUUCCCGGACCAUGAAACAAUAUUCCAGUAGUAACUGCCUGGAGAGCAUCAAUAUAGAUUGGUCUGACCAAGUAGAUGUGACAAAGAUGUCUGUUGUGAUGAUUGUAAUGUUCUUGGUGGCAUGGUCUCCGUAUUCUAUUGUGUGUUUAUGGUCUUCUUUUGGAGACCCAAAGAGAAUUUCUCCUGCAAUGGCCGUCAUAGCUCCUCUAUUUGCAAAAUCUUCCACAUUCUAUAAUCCCUGCAUUUAUGUUGUUGCAAACAAAAAGUUUCGGAGGGCAAUCCUGGCAAUGGUGCGAUGUCAGACAAGACAAGAGAUAACUAUAAACAGCGCCUUGCCCAUGAGUGUAUCACAAAGUGCACUGACAUCGUAG